CCCCCCGUUCCCUGUCAGUAACUCCCAGACAGCUGGAGCUGCACAGCGUCCGCAGUGGGUUCAAUGCUGGCGAGGUGAUCAUGUGCACCGGAGUCUCCAAGAUACACAGCUGUACCGAUGAUGACACAAUGUGUGCUUCCAUAUGAUCAGCAGGGGCUGUGUUUGUAAAGUGACUUCGUCCAAAAUCUAACAGCGUGCAUCGUGGCUUGACCUCAAUCUCGCAAUGAGUUCAUCUGCUAUAGGAUUCUUUGCCUUCGUCCUGCUGCUGACUUCAGUGGGAGGCAUAAAAGAGAAGGGAUGGAAGAGUAAACGAGCACCGGUGCCUCAGAUAGACUGCGACAUCAGGGCAGGCAAGAUAAAGGUGCCUGAGUUUGUAGCCCGGUGCCCACCAGGAUGUCUGGGCACGCAGCAGGCCGUGUGGGGCACUGACAUCUAUGCAUCCGUUUCCAGCGUGUGUGGAGCGGCUAUUCACAGUGGUGUCAUUGACAACAGCGGAGGGAAGAUUCAUGUGCGGAAGGUGCCCAGCAGCUCCAGUUACAAAGGGACUUUCUCCUAUGGUGUUCGAUCCCUGUCACUGCCCAGGUGGAGAGAGUCUUUUGUAGUGUCAGGCCCCAAGCAACAGAAAGGAGUGACAUAUCCAUCAAUACUUGAAUUCCUUCCUUCAAGAAGCUCAAGAAUUAGGACAGGGAAGCUGAAGACCACCAAGACACCGGCUCCCACUACCACAGCCACAACUCUCAGACCAACCAGCACUGAGAGUCCCACACGGCAACCUUCAACAUCUCUGCAAGGCAAACAUGAAGUUACCACUAACAAAAGCCCCGAACCAACGACCUUUGAGCUAAGCAGCCCCUCACAGCAGCCUGCCCCCUCUUGGCUGAUGAAGGAUGAAGCAUUCCGAAGAUAUCCCGUGUCCGAGUUCACCAGCAGGAACUACUCUCCACCACGUGCAGGAGUCCACCGCCAGGAGCCAGCUAUCGCCAUGCGCAGGACCGGCGGUUUGGGCACUAGUUUCGGUAUGUUCGGCCCAUACACUUUAACAACACGCUGGACAACUUGCUUCUGCUCCGCCAGAGCUAACGGUGAGCUCGCGACUGACCCUGUGUACACCUGGACAGGCAUGAAGACCCACGACAGCCCAGGUUACAAUUCCAAGCCUGGAUUAUCGGACUACAAGAAAUGGGCUCUCAGCCUUGGGGAGAGCAGUCACAGAGCUCAGGAUCCUGGUUUGUGGAAGUUGGACUCUUCAGCCCCUGGUCAAAGACAUGGGCUGAGAGGGAGCCAACCAUGGGGAUCCAGCUCAGAAUCAUUCAAGACACAAAGUCAGAAUACAGAUGAAACAGAGAUUAACUUUUGGAAAUCAGACUUUGACACAGACGGCUUCAGCAGAAAGAACCAAGAUUUCAUUGAGGACCCAAUUUCACAAGGAGACCCAAAUUGCAAGAUUGACCUUGCAUUCCUGAUGGAUGGAAGUUGGAGCAUUGGAAGACGGAGGUUUCAUAUUCAGAAGAGUUUUCUGAUGAAGAUUGCUCAAGCCCUUGACAUUGGAGUAGCAGGCCCAUUGAUUGGCAUCAUACAGUUUGGGAACAAUGCUAGCACGGAGUUCAACCUCCAGACUUACCGAAACUCAGAUGAUCUUAAAAAUGCCAUUGAGAAGAUCCCACAGCGAGGUGGCCUCUCCAAUGUGGGGAGAGCACUCGGUCAUGCCCUUGAGAAUUUCUUUUCCAAAGAGCAGGGGAAUCGCGGCGGGGCCCCCAAUGUGGUAGUGGUCCUGGUCGAUGGGUGGCCCACAGACAAGGUCGAAGAAGCUGCUCGCCUUGCCCGAGAAUCUGGCAUCAACAUCUUCUUCAUCACAGUGGAAGGUGCAGACCAGAGCGAGAGGCAGAACCUGGUCGAGAGAGACUUUGUGGACAAGUCUGUGUGCAGAACUAAUGGCUACUUCUCCAUCAAUGUACCCAGCUGGUUUAAGCUGUACCAGGCCGUGGGGCCGCUGGUAAAACGGGUAUGUGACACCGAGCAGCUGGCCUGCAGCAAGACCUGCCUCAACUCAGCUGAUAUUGGCUUUAUAGUGGAUGGUUCAAGCAGCGUGGGAACUGACAACUUCCGCACAAUCCUGCAGUUUGUGGCCAACAUUAGCCAGGAGUUUGAGAUCUCCGACACAGGGACCCGGGUGGGAGCGGUGCAGUACACCUACGAGCAGAGACUCGAGUUUGGCUUUGACAAGCACAGCACCAAGGAGACACUAACCACUGCUGUUAAGGACAUUAGGUACUGGAGUGGUGGCACCAGUACUGGAGAAGCCAUCAGUUAUGCAUUAAAGCAUCUAUUUAGCAAUUCCAAACCCAACAAAAGGAAGCUCAUGAUUGUCAUCACCGAUGGACGGUCUUACGAUGAUGUGCAGGCACCAGCACUUGCUGCUCAUAGAGACGGUGUGAUUGCGUAUGCAAUAGGCAUUGCCUGGGCUGCGAUGGACGAGCUGGAGUACAUUGCAUCAGACCCCAACGAGGACCAUUCCUUCUUUGUUGAUGAGUUUGACAACUUAUAUCAGAUUGUGCCCCGGAUUGUGCACAAUAUCUGUCAAGAAUUCAACUCUCAGCCUCGUAACUGAGAAAGCCCAUCUCUCCCUAGUGGAUCAAGAGAUGUAGGCACUGCUCAAUAUAAACUGCUUAGAAGGCAAGCUUCAACCUAUCCAGUGAAAGGGACAGACUUGGUGCCUCAUUUUCAUACAGACACCAGGCUUUAGAGGCAGCUACAUAUGAAAUCUUGACAGCAUGCACCUAACAGUCCCUUUGCACUCACUGCUUCAAGCUACUCAUUUAGUUCCUUGCCACAGUUCCAAAUUUCCUAGAGGGCUCCCAACACCUUGUAGAGUGAUUGCCUAAGGUUUCUGUCCCAAAACCUGGAGAUGGAUAAUGAUGAGUCCCAUUAAUUCCCACUAGCAGCUCUCCAUUCCUAACAACAGCUGGGGCAACUCUCACUUUCCUCCAUCAACUUGUCCCUUCUCUAGACUUAUUAUUAGGUGCAAGAAGAUAAGUACUAGGAGAAUAUCAAAAAAGUGACUGCAAGGAAAUAGACUGCUUCGAGUAGAGGUAAUUGAUUCUGUCCUUGACCAAGGGUGAGGUUUGGGGAGAAGGAAGGUUGAAGUUUUUUGGGAGCCUCAAAAGGGUCAUAACUGUUCAGUUUUGUUUGCAGGACAGGGGCAGAAUUGAUGGCCCACCCUGGGAAACCACUACACCCUCCUUGAACUGCUCCUCCUUCACAUGAAGAGAAUAUCCAGAAGUUCCACCAACCAUCCUUCCCUACCAUUCUCUGCCACUUAUAUAAUAGUACAGAGUGAUCUUCAUGUAAACCAGAUGAGGAAUGGAAUGGUGUGAUCAUUACCUCAUCAUUGUUAGUGAAAGUUUGCUGUACACAAAAUGGCUGCCACAUUUCCUACAUUACAACUGUAGGAGGUAGAACCCUUCAAAAGAACUUCAAGCUCUUUGGGAUCUCCUGAGGUUAAGAGAUAUGCUAAACCUUUCUUCUGAACUAACUUUAAAGCAGAUUGGAAAUUUGGGGCCCAAGAUCCUGGCACUACCUGUGUUCUUGCCCAACAGACAUUCAUCCAGAUCAUUUCUAACAUGUAGUCUCUCUUCCAUUUCUUUAGGAAAAGAGUGUUCACCAUGUACUUUAGAAAAAGAUCAAGAAAUUGAUUGCCUAAUAAGCCCACCAUUAAACUCCAGAACCAAGUGUCAGCAAGUGCCCACUCUCAGUUAUCAGCCUUUGCUGAGGUGAUGCAAAUUGCCUUGCUUACAGGAAUAGGAGGGGGAAGCAUGAAUUCAGACAGACCCUCACUUCAUGCUGAAGAUGUCUCAAAGUGCUCUGCAACACCAGCUUACUUUACCUGGAGGUAUGGUUUCUGCUUUGAAAGGCCGGCUAUCCCCAGUUCACAACUCUGAUGAGCUUCCCUGCGUCCCUAAUUCACCAAUGUGUCAGCCUGGGCACAAAAAGGCAAAUAACAUUUUUUUUGUGCUGCAAAUGAAAUGCAAUGACUAUUAUUCAGACAUAUAGCACAAUAUCAUGAGCAGUAAAUGCAAAUAUUCCUCUCUUUGAAACAAAAACAGAAACUGCUGGCAAAAUGCAGCUGCCAAUAGAAGCAUCUGUGGGAAGAAAGCAGAGAUAAUUUUUUCAGUUUACCGCCUCUUCUUGAGAACUGGCAGUUUUGCCAGUAAAUUCUGCAUUUUUCCUCCCAAGAUAUCCAGCAUCGGCAGUUCUUUGUUUUUUCCAAAAGUCCUCACUUUAUUUGUGUGUUUUGACACAGUAGCAGGCAUGGAGAAAAUCCACCACAAUUCUAUCUCCAUUUACCAACCUCUUACCACAGAUAGUUGAAUCAGUCACGUUUUACAAGAAGGUGAGCAGCCUGUGAGGAUUAUUUCCAGUGGAGACAGUUGCUUUAUUAAGUCAAUGGUUAUAGCAUUGGACUAGCAAGCACAAAUGUGUAAAAACUGAAUUGAAUAACAUCUGGUUGCUGUGAGUAACAGUUGGAGGGGCAGUGGGUUUAGGGUGUGGGGUUGGGGAUGAAAUGACUAAGAAUUACCACACAUUUUAUAAAAGCUCCCUGGUUUGCUGAUGUACCACAGAAGGAAAGACACUUGUUGGUCCAGCCCAGUCUAGCCUUUGUGGGAGUCUAGUCCUAAUCAUAUAGUUAACUCUUUAAAACCCUCAGGUCAUCAAGAAAUGAGCUACAAAUGUUGCCAGACCAGAGUCAACUGCACCCCAAGAAUAAAACCACUGCAUCUUGCUUCAUAACAAUUAUUUACAUUGGGGUAUUAUUUAAGACAUAUCUAUUCAUAGUGAUUGACAUAGUGAGUUCUUUUGGCUUAAAUACUCAUUUGAAGCUGCAGUAUAAGAGCAAUUGUGUAUUAUAUGUAUACAGCUAGCUAGUUUAUUAACUAAAACCAAAUAACUAAUAUCUGAAAAGUAAAAGUCAAAGCCCGGUGCUUGAGAAUGGAUCCUGAAAGAAGCUUUCUGAGGAGUCUGGGCUUCAGUGUCAUUAGAAUGUAAUUGCAUAUCCAAAUAAAUAAAAGUCACAGGUAUUCAGACUGAUGGGCUGUGCUCCGUUGCUAUUCAUAAUGGUCACUGUCAUGUUGUAAACAUAUCCGGGGGCUGUCUAGUCACGAACUCUGAAAUCCCUUCCCAAAGCUGUUUCCUUUACCUGCAUUCUCCAUUCUCAAAACAUGCACCAGAUCUUUGGUAAAUUUUUAAUCUUUGUGAAUUAAUGUCAAACUUUGUCUGACUAGAUUUUAGAAUUAUGUUAAAAUUGUGUAUAUAUGUAAGCUUAAUUUAAUCUCAUAUUCCUUUUACAAUUAAAUGUUCAAUUCUUCAUUUUCCAAGAUGCAUCAUGAGGAGAGGAUGGGAGUGUGAAUGAGAUUGGG